CCGGAAUAUGACGUCAUUAAAAUUCGAAAAUGAAACUUAUUUCAGCAGGAAGCAAAUGUUAUUGUAGCUGGCAGACAAAACGACUCCCUCACUGACGAUUUCGUACAUCUCCCUCUACGUCAGGAUGUCAGUGAAGUUCUCUGGCUGGGAGGUGGUCGAUGACGGAGCGUCCUUUCCUGGUGUGGAGCUGGGGCCAUCUCAGAGACCUCAGGACAAGGGCGUCUACACUAUGUACCACGGGACCAGCGUUGCCAGUGCACGGCUCAUCGUUGCCAGUGGUUUUAAACAGUCCCCACAUGGCCUGCUGGGAAAGGGCGUGUAUGUCAGUCGCAGUAGGAGAAAGGCUUCUAGUUAUCCAAGGCAAAGUAGCCAGUCAGACCGCGUGGUGCUUGAAGUACGUGUGCGCGUUGGCCGCGUCAAGCGCAUCAACACGGACAACCAUCCCAUGCAGUACACGUGGAGCACAAAGGGCUUCGACACUGCCUGGGUGCCCCCGCAUUGUGGCCUGACAGCUGUGCCCAGCGGCCUCGAGGAGGAUUGUGUGUUUGACCCCAAAAGAGUGCAGGUGGUCGGCAUUGCAAAGGCACCAGACGCCACCAUCAAGAGGGAGCUUCAACAGCUGCUGGCAACAAGAUCCCAGAGCAGUGGUGGUUUUGGUGGUGGUGGCGGUUCUCCGGAGGUGUGUUCGCUGUGUAAGAGGAAGACCCAGCAGGGGUCUCCACACGUCAAGCAACAGUGCUGGGAGUGUGGGAAGAACAUCUGCAUUCUCAUGUCCAAGCACUUCUGUCUGGCCACACCCAUGUCCCUGCGGUUCUUCGGCUGGGACGCGCUCUACGACGAUGACUCCCUUCAUGUGGAGCUGGGGGCCCUUCAGGAGCCCAAGGACCGCGGCGUCUACACUAUGUACCACGGCACCAGCGUUGCCAACGCGCGGCUCAUCAUUGCCAAUGGCUUUCAACAGUCCCCGCGUGGCAUGCUGGGAAAAGGCGUGUACGUCAGUCGUGAUAAGAAAAAGGCUGAACGUUAUCCGCUGCAGAGUAGCCCUUCAGACCGCGUGGCGCUUGAGUUACGUGUGCACGUUGGCCGCGUCAAGCGCAUCGACACGGACAACCAUCCCAUGCAGUACACGUGGAGCACAAAGGGCUUCGACACUGCCUGGGUUCCCCCGAAUUGUGGCAUGAAAGCGGUGCCCAGUGGCCUUGAGGAGGAUUGUGUGUUUGACCCCAAAAGAGUGCAGGUGGUGGGCAUUGCAAAGGCACCAGACACUCUACUGACUGAACUUCAGCAUUGUGUAGCCAACAGUCUCACAGAACACAGCGGGGGAGAUGGUGGCGCUGGGGAAGUUUGUUCUCUGUGCAACAGGAGGAGCAGGCAAGGUUCUCCUCACAUUCUGCAAUCCUGCUGGGGUUGUGGGCAAAACAUCUGCAUACUCAUGACCAAGCAUGUCUGUCCAGUUGGUGUCUGAAUGGGUGUAAGGGAUUACAAAUGCUCUCAUCAUAAUUUGGAAUCUGGGCUCAAAGUUUCUCCAUUUCUUCCACAAAUGAAUCGUAAUUGGUGAAACCUGCGGCAAUAGUUUCUACUGAACAUGCCUCGAGGCUCACUGAAUGUCAUCGUCGACGUCCUUUUGUAUGAUUGCAUUGACAUUAUUGUUGAUAAUGCUCUAAUUUUCACUCUGUUGGCCUUAUGUUGACAGAUCAGUGUAUUAAGAUCAUGUGUAAUCAAGAUAAGACAAUGUUUAUUAUGUAUUAA